GUGGGGCCCUCAGCCAGACACUCCCUUGGGCCAAUUGGGAGAGCAGCUGGGUGGGCUGGUCCCACCAAGACCAUGAAACUGUGCCCAGCUCACACUGGUGACCCAGGCUCUUCCAGACUCUGUGACCUAACUGACCCUUGGGUUCAAGGCUAGGAUGAGGGAAAUCGUGCAUGUUCAGAUUGGCCAGUGUGGUAACCAGAUCGGAGCGAAGUUCUGGGAGGUGAUCGGGGAAGAACAUGGGAUUGACAGCGCCGGGAGCUACUGUGGGGCUUCUGCUCUUCAGCUGGAGAGGAUCAGCGUUUACUACAAUGAAGCCUAUGGUAAGAAGUACGUGCCCCGAGCUGUCUUGGUGGACCUCGAACCCGGGACAAUGGAUAGCAUUCGAUCCAGCAGAUUGGGAGUCCUCUUUCAGCCUGAUAGUUUUGUUCAUGGUAAUUCUGGUGCUGGUAACAACUGGGCCAAGGGCCACUACACAGAGGGAGCGGAGCUGAUCGAGAGCGUCAUGGAUGUGGUGAGGAGAGAGAGCGAGAGCUGCGACUGCCUACAGGGUUUCCAGAUCGUGCACUCCCUGGGUGGAGGCACUGGCUCAGGCAUGGGCACCCUGCUCAUGAACAAGAUCAGGGAGGAGUACCCGGAUCGGAUUCUAAACUCUUUUAGCGUCAUGCCAUCUCCCAAGGUGUCAGACACAGUGGUAGAGCCCUACAACGCCGUGCUGUCCAUUCACCAGCUGAUAGAGAACACAGAUGCCUGCUUUUGCAUCGACAACGAAGCACUCUAUGACAUUUGUUUCCGCACCCUGAGGCUGACGACACCCACCUACGGGGAUCUCAACCACCUGGUAUCCUUGACCAUGAGCGGGAUCACGACUUCACUGCGCUUUCCCGGCCAGCUCAAUGCAGACCUGCGCAAGCUGGCAGUGAAUAUGGUUCCCUUUCCUCGUCUUCACUUCUUCAUGCCUGGCUUUGCUCCGCUCACAGCCCAGGGUAGCCAGCAGUACCGUGCCUUCUCUGUGGCGGAGCUCACCCAACAGAUGUUCGAUGCCCGCAACAUCAUGGCUGCCUGUGACCCUCGCCGUGGCCGCUACCUGACUGUGGCUUGUAUCUUCCGGGGUAAGAUGUCCACCAAGGAAGUGGACCAACAGCUGCUGUCCAUUCAGACAAGGAACAGCAACUGCUUUGUGGAAUGGAUUCCCAACAAUGUCAAGGUAGCUGUGUGUGACAUCCCGCCCCGGGGGCUGAACAUGGCGGCUACCUUCCUGGGCAACAAUACAGCCAUCCAAGAGCUCUUCACUAGGGUCUCUGAGCACUUCUCAGCUAUGUUCAGAAGGAGAGCUUUUGUGCACUGGUACACCAGUGAAGGGAUGGACAUAAGUGAAUUUGGGGAAGCGGAGAGUGACAUCCAUGACCUGGUGUCCGAGUACCAACAAUUUCAAGACGUCAGAGCAGGGCUAGAGGACAGUGGGGAGGAGGAGGCAGAGAUGGAGACAGAAGACAAAGACCCUUAGCUAGGAGAGAAGCUACAGGGCAGCCACUUUUAGAAGUUUUCCACAAGAUUUGUGGCUGUCCUGAAGUCCUUAGGGCCUAGUUCCUCACCUUGACAUAGCAAUGAGAGCCAUAGGCCUUUGCCCACAAUCACUAGACGGGGCUUCAUAGCCAGUGCAUGCUUUUCCUUCUUCCUUUCUAAAUAGCAAGUGAGUUUACUGUAGUGAGCCCUAUUUAUUUUUUUACUAGCUGUAGGAUAGACACCCGGACAAAGUGUGCAAGCUUGCCAGGAGCCCUUUCGCAGCAUUGCUGGGUACCCAAUACCUAGGGCAGCUCGGAUGCUUCAGAGUCCUCUUUCACAAAGCCAGCAGAGCUGGGUGUCUAAAGAGUGUGUGGGAGGUUCAGGGCCAACGGAAGUAUGAGUCCGCCUCCAUGGUCAAGCUGUGUGGACCUUCUGUACCAUUCGACAGGCUGACUGGAAAAAGACAAAGGGAGGCAAGAAAAGCCACGUCUCUCCUCUUGGCCCCCACCAUCCAAAAGACUAUCCAGAGCAAAGCGUUCCAGUCCCCGGGCCUUUGUUUCCCAGUAACCAGCUUCCAACCUGUUUCUCUGUGUUUUCUUAUUAGAACAAGAUGCCAGUAGUUCACUAAUGAUUGUCCUUGGUUUUCCUCUUAAAGGCUGAGGAUGUCCUUUUCUUUUUCACUUACUCACCACCCCUGAAACUGCCGUGCAGCCUCUCUGCUCCCUGGAAAGGGCACGAGGCAUACGCAGCAACCAUUCGAAUGCAGGAACGUAGCCGAGAUGCUGCAGCGUCCUCCUCGGUGACAGAGGACAUGGUCUCAUUAGGGAACUUUUAUAGUUCAGAUUAAUUUGCAGAAGUUGCCAUAGACAUUAGCAGGAUGACACAGCGUUAUUCGGUUGUUAUCUCACAUUAUAACAGGACUGAGCACACAGGAGCCUCUUACGGUCUACCUAGGUCUGAGGUGCAUGGGGUCUUCGUGGUCUGCUGGAAUUACCCAGCUCUCCUAUUUGACCUCUCCAAAGGGAGUUAUUUGCAUGAAACUGGAUUCUAACAUCUUGGUUUGUCUCCAGGAUGCUUGGGAUGGAACCCAAGGCCUUGGGAAAUGCUAGGCGAGUCCUCUGUAACCAGCUAUUUCCUUGGGCCCUCAGUUUAUAAUCAUCAAAAUAAUAAAGCAGCAGGUGGAUGGCACUCUCUUCGUAUGUACACUGUGAGGAAAUACUUAAAGUUCUUAUUUAGAGAAAAUCAGGCCCUGUUGUUCAUAUGACUUGCCAAGCUCCUGUUUACAUAAUUGAAAAAAAGCACUUAAAUACUUUCCCCUUUGGUGUGGACUGAGAAACACUGGCUUAAAGUGAGAUCUGCACCUCUCCAUUCUCAGCUGGAAAACCUUCCUUAGAGUCCAACAAAUCUUUGAGCCCACGACUCUGCGGGAGUCAGCUGCAUGCGUAACCCGGAUGCUUUCACUGUAAACUUCAAAAGGCAAUGACAUGUGUGCAAAAACUAGACCUUCAUUCUUUUGAGAAAAAUUUUUGUUUUCUAAGACUGUGAAGACUUCUGUUUGUUCACUAACAAUCACUAAAAUGCAAAUAAAUUCCACUUUAAAUGACUGAGUCAUUUUAUCUCAGA